UAAACAAUUUUUAUAACUCAACGUGUCCGCUUUUGUGCUCAAUUCAGCAGUUCACACGAUAUAUUAUCCACCGAUUUGUAUCGUUAAAUCGAUAAUUAAAUAAAUAAAUGGCGAGAGACGACAUCAAAACAAAAAUCGAAAUGAUGAAACCAAGUAUUUUCAAAUUCGAAACUGAUAUAAUAUGGUUUAAUGCUCUCCAAAUCUUUCUAUUGCACGCUAUUGGUAUUUAUGGUUUAUUGACUUUCAACUACUGGCAAAAUUUGAUUACUACAAUAUGGAUAAUCGCUAUGUAUAUCAUAUCCAAUAUUGGAGUGUCUGGUGGCGCUCAUCGACUUUGGACUCACAAAAGCUAUAAAGCAAAGUUACCAUUAAGGAUUCUACUUUUGAUAUGCUUUAGUGCAGGUGUACAGAAUACAAUAUGCAGUUGGGUGAAAAAUCAUCGUAUGCACCAUAAAUAUUGCGACACUAAUGCUGAUCCUCAUACUUCUCAACGCGGCUUUUUUUAUGGGCAUGUGGGAUGGGUGUUUAUGAAAGAACAUCCGGAAUUUAUUAAAAAAAGCAAGCAGCUUGAUUUAUCAGAUAUUUUGUCAGAUCCUGUUGUGGUUUUCGGCGAAAGGUACUUCUUGCUUCUUCAACUUUUUUUUGGUUUUAUCCUACCUACGUCACUACCUGUGUAUCUAUGGAACGAGACAUGGAACAGAGCUAUUGUAUCGCAAAUAUUCAUAAGAUACAUGAUUACGUUAAAUGCCGUGUGGUCUAUCAAUAGCAUUGCUCAUGUGUGGGGCACUAAGCCAUAUGAUAAGAAUAUAAAACCGUCAGACAACGAUUUUAUUAAUUUUCUGACAAUAGGAGAAGGUUAUCACAAUUUCCACCAUGUGUUUCCAUGGGAUUACAGAUCAUCGGAAAAAGGAAAUAAUAGAUUUAAUUACACUACAUUUUUUAUUGAUAUUUGCGCAAAAUUAGGACAAGCCUAUGAUCUUAAAUAUCCAUCCGAGAAUCUCAUAAAAAGUAUUGUAUUAAACAAUGGAGACGGGACCCAUCCUAUAUUGUCCGAAGUACCGAUACCGGAAUCCGACUAGUUAUAAGUUAAAGAAAGUCAGUCAAGGUACGUGCGUCGGACCUUGGUCAAAGAUGUAUCUAGUUUUAAAAAUAUUUCAGAAAUAUUUGAGAGAAGAGACAUCAAAGAUAUAUUUUCUUCUGUAUUUUUAUAUAGAAUUUUUUUAAAUUGAUCUUUGUUUAUACAAUAACCAUAAUAUUCCAUAGGUAUAUGUCAAUGUCUAUUAGAUACUUUAAUUUAAACUAACAAUAAAAAUUAUUACAAAAUUAGUCAAUAAUGUGUACCAAAGAGCAAUGUAAAUUUUUGUUUUUGAAUCUAGAUAUCGAGCCAGUUUUAAAAAAUUUCUUAAACAAAAAAAAUUAUGAUAAUAUUCUGGAUCCUUAAUGUUUCAUUUAUACAACUUAGUAAAAGAUUCUUCUAUUGCCUAUAAAGAGCAAUAAAAAAAAAAUAUAUAUAUAUAAAAUAAUAAAGUAUUAUUAAUCUUCUUGUCAAUGCAUCGCAUUCAUAUCAAGUUCAAUGUUAAAAAUUUUUAUAUUACUUGUCAU